AUGGAUAACUCAUUAUUAUCAAGAAUUGGUAGAGCUGAAGAGAGUAUACAACGUGUUACAAGAGCGGCAUCGGCAAGGCUAGAACAACAAGAAGGUCAAGAAGCCGGAAAUAUAGAGGGAAGAGAAUUGACAGAAGGAAACGGGAUAGAAAAGAAUAGAAGUAGUGGUAAUACAACUAGUGGAAGUGGAGGUUUGUUAAGUUUACUAGAGAAACAAAACUCAGAAGGAAGAAAUCAAGAACAAGAGAUAGAAGGAAGAAAAGAAGAUUAUCAAGAAAGAAGAGGUGAAGACAUAGACGGAGCACCGAUUAUCAAGCUCAUUAAAGAUGACGGAACUAUGGGGGAGGUUGAAGACGAAGAUGAUGAUGAGUCAUGGCGUCCUCCGAUCUCAAAAGGGAAGAAGAAGCAAAACUCACCUUAUGCAUCCGAAGAUGAAGAGGAAUCAAUUAUGAAUGGACCAGAUCCAAUAGAUGGAGCUGUGGCCCAUAGGGCGGCCUUUGAGGCAGGAAAUUACAGUUUCUCAGAAGAGAUGUUGCUGUAG